AGCAAUCCGCUUGUGUAAGCAAAGCAGAAUUUACCAAACCCAACCCAGCGUAGACGUUAGGUAUACCAAGAUUUUGAUCCGUUAGAAAACGGAGUCGUAUCAUCGAAACGCGAAGAGAAAAACGAGAGACCGAGAAAUGACCUCUCUAAUCCAUCUGCUUGCUAUCAGCCAGCCAGGAACGAAAGGCGAAAGAAGGGAACCUUCGUUCCUUCGUCAUCGUCAGUAUCCCUUCAUCUAUGCGUCGUAGUGCAUCGUUCUGCUGCUUACAGUCGUUGUAGUUCUUCCCACCUUUUCUGUCGCUAACUCAACGGUUUGAAAACGUUAUAUCCUGCCUGCCUAACCGAGUGGGGGAGAACGGCAGACAACACGAGCGGUAUUAUGGCGUUUCUACAGACUAUCACAAUACAAAUCUUGGCCUAGUUGCCUUUAAAUCGUUUUAAUAAAAGUGUAUUCGUGAAAACUAUUAUUCCGGCGUGUUUCAGUGUUUGAAAAACAGUAUUUAGAAGAUGGCAGAAGGAGAAAUUGUCGAUUUCCAAUCAUGUUGUAGACUGUGUCUCACCGAAAUUGUGGAAAGUAUUAAGUCAAUAUUCGAUGAGACUGUCGAAGAUAGAAGAUUAUCCGAAAAGAUACAGCAAUCAGUUGCUAUUGAGAUAAACUGUUCUGAUAAAUUAUCCACAAAAGUAUGUGAUCCCUGUAUAGAAAAAGUAGUGGGUUGGUACUCCUUCAAAGAGCAAUGUCUAAAGAAUCAAAAGAAGCUAGAAGAUUGGAUAAAUUCCAAAAAUCCAGAUGGUUCAAGCGAGUUAACACCUGAACAAACAUCAACACCCCAAUCAGAAGUAACACCUGAAGUAAACUCCUCACAUAGCUCCACAUCUAUAUCAAAUGUGGCUAUACAGAUAAAAGAAGAACCACAAGAUCACAUAGAAGAACCACAAGUUGAUGACCACCAGGAAGAUAUUUUUAACAAUCUUUCAGAUACUGUUGAUUCGCAACUAGACCAACAGAAUGACAUCCACAACGAUAUUCAACCAGAGCUUAUGCACCAUAACCAUGUACUAGUAAAAUCAGAACCGUUAGAUAUGGAUGGUUUGGAAGAACCCAUGGAAGAAGAGUACAACGAAUUUCCUCCAAAUUUGUCUCCACAGCAUUUAGAAAAUGGUGAAAAUUUACAAGAACCUUUAGUUGUCAGGACUACCGCUUUCAAUAGAACAUGUAGCGUUUGCGGCAAAUUAUUUAGUAAUGCAGGAAACAAAAAAAAGCAUGAAAGGAUGCAGCAUGGUCUUCACAAUAACAUUUCUAUUGCUACUCCAAUACUUAACGGUCUUACUAAUGGCGACGUCCAACACGGCUCGCCGAUUCAAACCGAACAACAAAAAAUCUUAAAUUCCAUGAGCCUCAAAGUUUUGAAAACAAUUCCAAUAGAAACACCAGAAAAUUUAACAAAAAUAGAAAAUAGUUACGUGGAAAAAUGCAAGGCGAUGGUCAGUAUGCACAAAACAUUAAUUUGUGCCUGCCACAAUGUUCCUCAUCAGAAUCUUAAAGGAUUAUUAUCACAUCUGCGAGCUUUGAGGAUCUGGUUUCCUGUUUUUACAUGUUAUAAUUGCAUGAUAACGUUCACGGAUAGAUCCACGUUCACCAGACAUAUUUCAAGAUGUCAGAGCGCUCCAUUGGACACUAUUACCAAACUGAGUGAGCUUAGAAUACGCACCGAAGUUAAAACUAGACUUUACCAAAACUUUAAAUGCACCAUCUGCAAAUUUAUGUUCAGUUUUCACGAAGAUUUUUGUAAACACGUCGACGAAGAUCAUGCCAUGCUACAAUUCCCAGUGCAUUGUCCUUGCGGUAAAACUUGCGAAAACGAAGAAGAAUAUAAGGAUCAUGUUUACGUUAGUUGUCUAGUCGAAUUUUAUUGUGACAUAUGCUUCGUUACUACUAAAACACUAGAUGAUUUCCAGAAACAUGCUGCAGGAGUUCACGAUGACUCCGAAGGAUUUAUACUUCUCCAGGAUGAUAAUUAUAAAGUUAGAAAACCUUCUAUGCACGUCAGCCCUACAGGAGUAGAUGAAGGGGCUAUUAUACAAGGUAAACGAGAGCGAAAGGCCUCUUUCAAAACGCCACUGUACGAUGACGAUUUAGACGAAAUAUUACCCACAAGUCUUGCAUCUGCAACUUACUAUACCCCUAAAACGACUAAUAGAGUCUGUCCUAUUUGCUACAAAGAAUAUUCGUCUUACAAAAACAUGAUGCGCCAUUAUAAAACCCACAAACCUGAAGAAAUCCAAAACCAUCAACAACAGCAACAAAUGGAACAAGGUUAUUCCGAAUUUCAAGAUUAUCAAGAUCAAUCGCAAGAAUCUCAAGAUAUGGAAUUGGAAGAGGAAGAAUCUUUCUAUUCUUGUCCUGAUUGUGGAGGCAUGUACAGCACUAUGGAAUGGAAAGUGCAUUUGACUGAAAAACAUCCAUCGAAACCUUGCGGGGAAUGUGGGAAAUUCUUCCAAUUCCAAACCGAGCUUGAUCAACACAGAAGCGUUCAUCUGAAUCUUAAGGUAUACAGAGAUUCCAAAACCCAGUCUUACAAGAGUACGAUGCUCAGUCCAGGAGGAGAAGGUGAAGGGGAAGGAGAAGAGAUGGUUGGUUGCGAAAUGUGCGAUUUGGUGUUCACAUCCAAAGAAGAUCUGAUGACUCAUCAAUUAGAACAAGGACACGCCGGUAUUACCGCCGUGGAGGUACCGGAACCCGAACCAGAAGUUACUGCAGCUCCAAAGAAAUAUAGAUGCGACAUUUGCGAACAAGAAUUUAAUAAUUACAACGGUUUAUGGGAACAUAAUAGAACUAGACAUCCGGAAAGGAAAACUCCUCACGCGGAUACGUAUCCGAAACAAUGCAAAGAUUGCAAUAAAGUGUGUACAACCGGAGCUGCAUAUUACAGACAUAGACAGAUACACGAAAAAGUACCAGCCGACGCUGCGGCUAGCAAAGCUACCUUAUUGAAACCAAAGAAGUUCGAAGAACCCGAAGAAGAAUCUUAUCACACUUGCAAACGUUGUUUCAAAGUGUUUUCCAGCAAAUAUAAUCUCAAGAACCAUCUGAAAUGUCACGGAAUUAACAUAAAUCCAAUCAGUAAGAAAUUGGUAAGAAAAGCGGUCUGUAAAGUAUGUCAGAACGUUUUUGAAACUAACGAAGAACUUAUCAGACAUAAACAAGAAGCCCACAACGGCGUUGAAACCCCCGACGAUAUGGAUAUGGCCUCAUUAGUGUUCCCUUGUGACACUUGCGUUAUGACAUUCACUAGCAAAGCCGCUUUGAAAAAACACAAAGAAAAACAUACUUUAGAAUAUAAAUCACUACACAGACAAGUGUACUGUAAAUACUGCAAGAUUUCGUUUGAGAAUUUCCAAAGUUUGACUCAACAUAUGCAGUUAGAACACAACGAGAAAGUCAAAAUGCCACCAAUACCUAAGCCAAAUGACUUCACUUGUUCUAUUUGUCAAAAAUCAUUCCAAUCUUCAGGCGCUUUAACGACACACAUCGGUUGGCAUAAAAGGGCUCUAAAUGACAGCAGUUCUAAAUUAUUGAAACACGCUCCUCCUAGCCUUCCACCGCCGCCAGUACAGCUACCGCGAAUGCAUCAAGUAAACAUUAAAGAAGAACCAAUGGACGACGUAACCAAGUACCAAUGCGAUACUUGUUUGGCCGAAUUACCCAACGAUACCGCUCUGCAAGUACACAUUCUGGAAAAACACAGAAGCGUCAGCGCAAUUAUGCUAAUUCCACGUUGUAACACUUGCAACAAAGAUUUUUCUACACAAGACGAAUACGAAACGCACAAAAGAUUGCACGAUUUCUUGGAACGUCAAAAACAACACGAACAAAAAAUGUUGGUGCAACAACAAGAAAUGCCUUCGCAGAGAAUGUCGCCGGCUAAUAAACAAAAGAGUUUCCCUUGUAAACAUUGUAACGCAGCUUUCAGCAGGUCUGACACGCUAGGAGCUCACAUUAGACAGUUCCAUAAGGAGCACGUUCAGACAGAAUUCAAAUGUAAUCAAUGCGACAGAGUUUUCGAAAAACAAAACUCUCUUACAAUACACUUGAAAGUUCACGAGAAACAGAGAGCCGUACCAUCUCCGGUCGGUAAACCGCUCUUCUCUUGCUCUAUCUGUAACAUGGGUUUCGAUUUACCAAAGGAUUUGCGAGCUCAUACUAUUACGGCUCAUCCAUUUUGACGAGGAUCUUUUCAUUGAAAUUAAGGUGUCGAUAUUAUAGUUUUUCCUUUAUAUCCAGUAAUUUUUUUUUGAUGUGUUACUUCGUGCCUAUAUUUCGAUGUGUUUAGUCACUUAUUCUUUUUUAUAAUACAUAUAUGUUGGACACAUUGAACGUUUGUUUCAUUUAUAUGAAUAUCUAGAUUAGUUUGGAGGGCAGUGUAUUUUAUAGUUUACCACAUUUUCGACAGCACUUCCAAUUAAUUCGAUUGUAAAUGUUUUGUUUUUAAUGGAACACCAUAUAUAUUGAAACAUAUGUGGAUUUAAGCCCAAUUUAUUUAGUUUAUUAGCUUUUAAAAGUAUACACACCCAUGUUAAUUAGGCACAGUUGAGGUUAUGUAAUAAAUAAAUUGUUUGCUAA